UGAUCGGUCCGAUAACCGAGGCUUUUCACAACCACGAUGGCACGGCCUACGCACUUUCUGUCGAUACCCCUUGGACAAACACACCCAACGCUACGUGCCCGAGUUGCCGAUCUCCAUGCCGCCCUCAACCUUCCUACGCCAGACUCUACACUGCUUGCAGGUCCUCAACGCGUGCACCUCACCCUCGGCGUCAUGAACCUCACCCCCGAGUCUCUUCCAACUGCACUCGACCUCCUGAACCGCCUCCCGUCACUCCUCCCGCUCACAGACGUAGCCCCGACCGUUACCCUCGACAAGCUGGACGUCCUCAGAAGGGAAUCUCGACGCCGUGCUCACGUUUUAUGGGUUGGCCCGUCUCAACCUGAACCUUUAUUCAGCCAAAUCAACGAGAUCUUCCGUCAAGAGGGCUUCAUUACCGACACGCGUCCCCUCAAAUUGCACAUGACGCUCAUGAACAGCACCUACAGAAGACCACGAACAAAACACCCUCUACCAUUCGAAUAUGAUGGUAUCCUCAGGCAGGCAAGCGUGCUGGAGUGUUUUGGUGUGCAGGAGAGCGAGUACGCCGAGCUCCCGAUGGCAGUCACGAUGGGCUCGUACGCUGCGCCGAGAAUUCAUCUCUGUGAGAUGGGAAGCUGGGACACGGACGGCGCGUAUGUUAGCUGUGGAAGCGCGCCAUUAUCAACCAGUCCCCAGUUUUCCACCUAAAUGUCAGCCUAACAACAAGCGCCCUUCAAACCUGCUUCUAACCAUGCACUCUGGUGAUCUCGGGCAACAAACGGGGAUGGCGACGUCGAUAGCGGCCCUCGGCGCGCUUGCAGGUCCGCUAAUC